AUGAACACAACGUCAGACUCCGAGCAUGAGUUCUUCGGAGGCCCCGACAACGUCAGAGGAUUCGGAUAUGGUAUCGGAGUUUCCGUCGGAAUCAUCUUCUGUAUCAUCGCCGUUGCAUUGGCUUCCUACGGUUGGACCAAGGCACGUCAACGACAACGAGCCCUACCGCCUUCGAACAGCCAAGAAUCCGUUGCGGUUGAUUCCGGAAGCUUAGUUGUCGAUGUCGCCGGCCUUGAUGAGGAAACGAUAAAAAGCUACCCGAAGUUGAUGUACUCCGAGGCCAAGCGGAAGAAGAAAGAUUGUGCGGAUACGUGCUGCUCCAUAUGCUUGGCUGACUACAACCGUAAUGAUCGUCUUAGGCAGCUGCCUGGUUGCGGCCAUUUGUUCCAUCUCAAGUGCAUCGACCACUGGUUGCGGUUGCACGGACGUCCUGUUUGCCGUACGCAGUUGUCGCAGCCGCUUGCUGAUGAUCAGGUGGUUCCUUUGCCAAGCAGGCCCGGUGCUUGA